AUGUCUAUUUCGCCGCAAGAAGAGAAUAAGGCACAGACCAGUGAGUCAGGCGGCUCCAAUGUCGAAGACUUAUACUUGGAAUCGUACGCCUUCACCACAGCCGCAGCUAUUGUCGGAUCUGUGGACAGAAAGAUUUUUGUCCAGUUGAGGGACGGCAGAAACAUUUUCGGCAUUUUACGUACCUUUGACCAAUUUGCCAACUUGGUUUUGCAAGACGCUGUUGAAAGAAUAUAUUUACCAGCUGUUGAGGGCAAUGGAAAGGAGCGUUUCGCUGAGGUCCCAAGAGGUGUUUUUAUGGUGCGUGGUGAAAAUGUUGUCAUGUUGGGCGAGCUAGAUAUAGACAAAGAGGACGACCAUUUGGAGCAGAGAGGACAGAUUCAUUUUGGCGAGGCAGAGGCAGAAUUCAAAGCAUUGCAGGCAGCUAGAAUGAAGGAGGAGAAGGAGAGAGCUAAGCAAUACUUGAAGAGAGGCUUAAUCCACGACUAUGUGAAAGCCGACCUGUAUUAA